GUAUAGUUUUUGUUAUGUGGUUGCACUGGACUGGAGGAUAACCUCACAGGCCUCCGAGUGUUGCCACACUAAGAUGUAUUUAGUGUUAAUUGCUGUUUGGGUGUGUGGGUUGGGUAGUGCCAGUGCCUCUGUUGGUGAUCGCUCUAAUGAGUUUAGGGGCUGUCUUUAUGUCUGCAGAUUCAACAAUUGCUCGCAAGAGUUUGCUGCCGAUCCAUACAGAGGCGGUGUGUCAUCUGUUGAAAGCAGCAGCGAGGACUGGUCAGCUCUGCUGCAUCGCACCUGCACAGACGAGUGCCGCUAUCAUUGCAUGUGGGUCACAACACGCCUCUUCCUUGAGGAUGACAGAGACACCCCUCAGUUUUAUGGCAAGUGGCCAUUCAUCCGGAUACUGGGUCUGGAUGAGCCGGCAUCCGUGUUGUUCUCCCUGAUGAACCUGCUUGGCCACUGCCAUGGCUUGUGGCGACUUCACUGCAGCCUGCCCUCGCACGCCCCCAUGUUCUCUACAUGGCGCAAUUAUGCCCUUGUGAGCAUCAAUGCCUGGUUUUGGUCUGCUGUGUUCCAUGCUCGGGAUCUGGUCUUCACUGAACGACUUGACUAUUUCUCAGCACUGUCCAUGGUGCUGUACAGUCUGUAUGCACUGUGCAUCAGAGCUGUGGGGAGAGGCAGAGACCACAUCAAGCAGAGCGUGGGGGCCGCAUGUGUGGCCCUGUACGCUUACCACAUCUGGUACCUCACCCACAAACACUUCGACUACUCAUACAACAUGAAGGUUAACGUCACUAUUGGUGAUGUGCACCUUUUGCUUCUCGACGCCCACGCCCUCUGGCACCUGUGCACUGUGCCGCUGCCCUUAUACUGGUACAGGUUUGUGAUAGCCGACUGCCAGUACAUACUGGACAAGACGGAGGCAUACCGAGAGACGCCCUACCACCGCCUUCACCAGCGUUCGUUCAAGCCCUUCGUGGGAGAAUGACUCAUCAAUUCUUCUCCUCGCCCUGAAUACAUAUCUUCCCCCAAGUUCCACCCUACCAACCCCCACAUUCCAGCCAGAACCCAUCGUUCCAGUCAUCACGGCAUCACGCUCUAGUGCUCAUGUGUAAUGUUAAGAGGGAAGGUUAUUAUUAGUAAUACGUCAUGAGUCACGUGCAAGGUUAUUAGCAUCAAACAGUGACAGCUGCGACAAAAUUUACAAAUCAACUAGGGUACCUAUUGCUUAUUAACCCAAGUAGGAUUGAGCAGAGUAUGUUAUCUUGAGUAUCAAGAUGCUUACGAUGGUCUUUAAUUCUGAUCAAAACUCCAACGUCACCACUAAUUUAUGCCACGUGCAAUUCCUCAUUUUCACCGAAUUUUUCAUUGAGUCAGUAUGUUUGCAAACAUUUUCGUAUAAAUGUUGACAUGUGCAAAAGUGCAGAAGGUGUAAUAUUGUAGAUAGUGUAACAGUGUAGGUGGUGUAAUUUCGUAAAUGUGUAACAGUGUAUGCAGUGUAACAUCACAGGUGGUGUAACAGUGCAUACAGUGUGAUAUCGUAGGUGGUGAAACAGUGUAUGCGGUGUAAUAUCAUAGCUGGUUUAACAGUGUAGGCAGUGUAAUAUCGUAGGUGGUGUAAUACGUAUCGUAGGUGGUGUAACAUAACAGGUAGUGUAACAGUGUAGGCGGUGUAAUAUCGUAGGUGGUGUAACAGUGUAGGCGGUGUAAUAUCGUAGGUGGUUUAAUACGUAUCGUAGGUGGUGUAACAUAACAGGUAGUGUAACAGUGUAGGCGGUGUAAUAUCGUAGAUGGUGUAACAGUGUAGGCAGUGUAAUAUCGUAGGUGGUGUAAUUAUAAUGCUAUUGUCAUGGUAAUUAAUGAACACUAAUGAUGUUAAUAUGUAUCAAUGUCUCGGGUCGUUUGUCCGAGGCGUUGCUGUCAUAAUUUUAUUAGAUCAAUAGAUUAAUUAGAGCUUUAAGUGGGCAAUUUUUAUGAAGAUUAUUUAACUUCACAAGUUCUUGUUAUGAUUGAAGUUUUAUUAAAACAUCUAGGUAUUCGUAAUAAAUCUUAGAAAUAGUUCGUUGAACAAGUUAUGUGGUCACUUUCCAAUGAUUGUAUAUCCAGUUAUUUAUCAUUGCCAUGCAUUGGGUUAUUCGCUCAUCAUUCGAUGUUGUCCGUACAGUGUUUGGCAUACUUUAGUAAGAAUGGCGUCACUUGUGCAAUGAAAAUCUCGUCUCAUGCAGCCUGUUGUUGUUUUUAUAUGUCUGUUGUUCAAGUGCUGCUGUUGUUCUUAUGCUACUGUUGUUACCCUGAAUUUCACUCAUAUUUCCCCAAACUUUACUUUUCUGCCCCGGACUUCUACUCAAGUUUCCCCAAAAAUCACGACCAAGUGACCUGACAUUCAUCCCAAUUUUCUCGCCUCGUUCUUACGCCUUCUCAUUUCUCCUGUUCGUUGUUGCAUUUGUUGUUUGCAGGGUGUGUAUUUUCAGGUUUAUUAUCACGAUUAUUACUAUCUCCACGUUUGUUAUCUCCAUGGUUAUUGUCACCACGUUUGUUAUCUCCGUGGUUAUUGUCACAACGUUUGUUAUCACCGUGGUUAUAAUAACUUGCUUUUUUCAUCAUUUAUAACACGAAAAGGUAUCAAUGUAGUCUGCAACCUUCAGCCUUGUGCUGCCACUCAGGCCCGCCGGUUGUUAACAACACUUGUAUUCUACUAACUUCAUUGUGUAUUAUACAUACUAUUAACUCCCAAAACCAGUUGCAAAUGUUAGUCCUUAUGAAGCCUGUUAUUUACUUUGUAUUUUAUUCAAUGUUUAUAGGCAUCAGAGGAAUUUAUCGUAGUUGUUGACUAGAGUUGUAGGAGUUUAAUUUAAUUUAUUUAAUUAGAAAUUUAGAAAUAUGCCCUUGGAUUCAUCAUUCAAAAUGAUGAUGUCUUAUGCAGACAAUAAUCCUGUACAUAAUUUAGUGGCAUUAUUCAAACCACUAAUAGAGCCCCUUUUAAAGACUUCUAUUGAUAACCUGCAAUGAAAGACAGACUUGAAUUGGAAAUGAAGUUAAAAUGGACUGAACCUGAACUGGAUAUAGACUUAAUCCCAGAAAGGUUCCGCGCUGUUUCAUGUAAAGUUUUGAACAUAGAAAGCUUGUUCUGAACAUCGAAUGGAGUAAACCUCCUAUGAACCUACAGUAGUGAACAUGUCAUGAGUACACUCGUGUACUCUCCCUAAUAUAUUAGGGAGAAUACAUUAUCACCCUAAUAUGUUCCCCAUACGCUCAUACUUGUAAGAAAUACUUAUACUUAUCAGAUUCAUAUCCGCCUUAAUGCACGAGUUGCGGCUGUCCAGAUCUCUUACUUGCUCCUAUGUUACAAACUUGUUAUUCUUCAAAAGCUUCUAUCAGUUAGAGUUACUAUAGCUUGCUGUUAUGAGUUAAUUUAUUUCGAUGUUAGUGUUUAUUCAUAUUUUAACUGUUUUUAGUCACAAAUGUUUGUGGUGUUAACGUUUGUUAGUUUAAUUGCUAUUUUGCACAUCUCCUUUGUCGUUAACAUUUAUUUACGAGUUUUACUGUUAGUAGUCACAGGGCAUUCUGAUGUUAACGUUUAUUUCUUAGUUUAACUAUUGUUAUCUACAACUUAUGAUGAUAAUCAGCUUCGUCAGGCAUUCGCCAAGCUUCGAAAAUAAUCUCUUGCGCAAUUUGUGGUGUUGUUGGUGGCCGCAGGCUUAUUCACUCACUAAGAGCCAUUAGUUACCGAGAAUUUUUCAAUUAGCUAUAGGUGAUUUAGUCGGUCACUCCGACCCCUAAAAGGCGAUUACAUAACAUCAACCACAAAAUUGUCGUAUUAAUGUCUACUGAUUUCCUUCUUCAUUACAGGCGUAAAAAAUGUAUAAAAAUGUCGCAGGAGAGAUAUGACGAAGUUGAGAACCAAGCCUUCUGUUCUCUGGCCCUUGCUAUAGCCGUAGACACGUGUUUACGAGUAAGGGAAACGCAAGUCACAUAGAUCACCUAUUCAAGAGAAUGUUGUUACAAUAGAAAGAAAUUUAUAAUAUUCCUAGUUAUCGAUGAAAAUUUAUGUUGAGGUGUUCACUUGCUGUUGUUGUUUUUUACUGUUGUGAUCUCUGUAGGACAUAUUGAUGUUUUAUUCUGAGAUUUUAGAUGAGUGGCUGGUGACUCGUUCAAGACGAGUGAUUGGUGAUUCAUUUAAGGCGAGUUACUGAUCAUUCAGUUAAUACGAGUGACCGGUGACUCGUUUUAGAAGAGCGGUCGGUGACUCGUUUUAGAUGAGUGUCAGGUAAUUUGUUUUAGAAGAGUGGCUGGUGACUCAGUUGAGACGAGUGGCUGGUGGCUCAUUAAUGCCGAACAUUCCGGUGAGUUUUUGUGCAAUGGCUUUGAGAAGCUUCAUCAGCGGAGAUUUUGUUAUGCGUUGUGAAAUGAUAUAUUGUAGACUUGUCCUUUAUUAAAACAUUCCUUUAGCA